AGUCAUGAGUUCCCAUAGUUUGUCGGCCACCAAAAGUUUGCUUCUGCUGAUACUGCUACUGGGAGGUGUUUAUUCAGAACCUCACUCCAGACAGAAUGAGAACCACUUUAACUGCGGCAGUGAUGAGUACUUGUCUGGGGACCUCUGCUGCAAACUCUGUCGUCCAGGUGAGUUUGUCCAGAAGCCCUGCACGGUCCCUCAAACUCAAGGAAAAUGUGAGAGGUGUCACCCAGGAAUGUUCACAGAGGCUAGUAAUGGCCUCGACUCUUGUAGAGCUUGCUCCAGCUGUGAUAAAAACCAGGAAAUGGUGGCUGAUUGCUCUGCCACCAGUGACCGGAAAUGCCAGUGUCGAAUUGGUCAUUUCUACGCUGACCCUCAAGCCCCUGAACUCUGCCUCCCGUGUAACAAGUGUCCCCAGGGAGUUCCUGUGCUCCAGGAAUGCAGCUCCACAGCAAACACAGUGUGCAGUUCGGCUGGGACAAAUUUCCAAAGAAGACUGCAAAAUGCUCCUAAUCAAAACCGGCUAGCCCUGGACUGAUGUAAACUAGAUGCUUCUGACAGACCUUCCGACCAGCCUGAGCGCCUGACUUGAACCAGCACUUCCAGACUACUCCAAAGCAGACUACUUCCUAGCCCCAGGCAGUCGCACAGAACCUGGGCAGGAGUGAAACAGAUGUUUGCCAGCCUGCACUCCUUUCCCUGGCCUUUGACCAGCAUUCCAGCCUUCCUGAGCCCUGACAACAACACCCUAAUUUCCACUAACACUCAGUUGCAGAGAGAUUACAUCACCCUUUAUCAUUAACAAAAAAGCUGGGAUGUUGGAUCUAAAAGGAACUCAGGACAAAUAGCUAACCAUGGUGCUUAUGAACAUACCAAAGAAGAUGCUGGCCUUCAGGAUCACUCAGUACCUCACUUCUCAACUCUUCUCACCCCAUCCCCUACCCUAAACUUCUCCAACUCAGGGACUUUCCUUCCUCCAGCGUCUCAUUCCUCCAUAACUCUGCCAUUUUGGCCAUGUGCCUUCUUUUUUUAUUAUUUAUUUUAUUAUUAUGUAUAUAGUGUUCUGCCUGCAUUGUGUCCACAGGCCAGAAGAGGGCACCAGAUCUCAUUACAGAUGGUUGUGAGCCACCAUGUGGUUGCUGGGAAUUGAACUCAGGACCUCUGGAAGAACAGCCAGUGCUCUUAACCUCUGAGCCAUCUCUUCAGCCCGGCCAUGUGCCUUCUUGAUCCUCUCUCUCUUGGUGCUAUCUUAGCCCUCAUUUUCUUGCUCCCUUUCUCGUUAUGGUCUGGUUUGGUCCACUGGUCAUUAGUCUACUUUCCCUCCCUGCUCUGGACUCUUCCCAUGCCUGUCUGCACUGU